AUGAGAAUUGGCUACAGCCAUUUGGCUCAAGCUUGGGCCGAAAUGAUAGUUAACGAAACGAUGCCUCGCUUUCACACAAGACUUGUGUGUGCUUUCUGCUUGUUGUGGCAGUUGCGCGUGGCACGGGCACAAGCGAGCUCACCGACUACGACUUGCUUGCCAGCUGCCAUUGCGCCAAGUCAGCGGCAGACAUUGCGUCACGCUAAUGGUGAAUCUUAUCCUCUUGGCCUCUGGAUCAGCGACUGGGCCGCUGGAUAUGUCACGAGCGCUGUCAUCCACAUCCUCAUAGAGGAGCGUUUGGGAUACGCCGUGAACGAAACCGGGCCUGGCCCGGGCGCGUUGAAUGCCUUCUACGCACUCGCGGGCUGUGUAGACCCCAUGAAUCUCGAGGAUCGUGGCUGUGGGCACCAGGUAACUUACAACCACAUCAAUCUCGAGACCUGGGGCGAGGGCUACACCACCGAAUGGGCUGAGAUCCAGAGAGAAUACCCUUCGAUGGCACCAAUCGACGUCGGGAGCAUGGGCUACAGCGGUCAAACAUCCUUGUUUAUUCCAAAGCAGUCUCAACAGGAGGCUUACGACCAACUUGGCACUGCUUUGGAUUUCUUCCGAGGGUGGAACAAGUCGUGGAGUCAGCCCUGGCACUUCUUUGACGGUAUCGCUGAUGUCAGUCGGAGCCAUAUCUACCCAUGCAAUGAGACCCGCUUCAAGUUGACCAGACCAAAUGAGAUCUAUUUGGAGAUCACGGGCGAUGCGGAUGGAGUCCGACGGCUCUCGGAGAACGAGAUGAUCGCAUAUUGUCCGGAUGGUUACUUCUGGCUGGCUCCGGCUUGCAGGGCAAACACAUCUCAUUGCGUGCCUUACUUCACUGGAGGUGCGGGAUGGAUGUUGGAUGAUGUUAUGCAGAAAGCAGCCGCCUACAACAUGCCCUUCGCAGUGGCCGUGGCUAGAGAGUAUGGAGUCUUGCCGACAAAAGUCAGAAGCACAUUCUAUUGGUGGACACCAGAUCCGACUUUCCUGGAAUUAGACCCCGUGAAGAUCGUGUUCCCCGAGUACGACUUCAACUCCUACAGCGUCGGCGACAAGCGAACAGCCAUUCAGGACGGCCGCAUCACGAAGCUGGUCAGUCAAGACCUGUCGACACUGGCGCCGCGUGUCGAAGACCUCAUCCGAAAUGUGCGGUUUCACGUCGACGACGUGAACUUGAUGAUGAUGGACAUGAAGCAGACUGGCGACUCGCACUUGGAAGUGGCGUGCCGUUGGCUGAAGUCAAACACAGGCUCUUGGGAGACGUGGCUGCCAGACAAGACGAAGUGUUUUGCUGGUUACGGCCUCUAUGACAUCAGCCUGAUGGACUUUGCCUUCGAAAGGGAGGACCCCACCUACAGGGAGUGCCGCCCCUGCACGUCGGGGAGGUACUCGUCUCCGCUCUCAGAUGUCAAAGGAGCCACCUAUGUGUGCAAUCCUUGCGAGCCGGGAACCAGCCAGCCGUCCUUCUUGGCGCUGUUCUGUGAGCCUUGCCAGCUAGGUGAGUAUCAGAACUUUUCCGGCAGCGACAAUUGCAACCGCUGCGAGAUAGGAAAGUACCAGGACCGGAGAGGCUCAGCUCUUUGCGAUGUGUGCCCCCCUGGCAGCAUCACACUUGGCCUGGGCUCGGUGUCUCCCUCGGACUGUGGCUGCAAGGCGGGCUUCAUUGACAAGGGGAACCUGACUUGCGUGGAGUGCGGGGAGGGCUUGGAGUGCCCUGCAUUGGCCACCGUGGCCAGCCUCCAAACCGGCACCGCCGAGUUAGGAGAGGACUUUGUGCCUUACAUUCGUGAGAACUUCUUCAGCACCGUUGAGCAGCCCCUGGACCUCUACCGGUGCUUGCAACCUUUCCGAUGUUCCGGAGGACGUCCUGGAAGCUGCAGUGGUGGUGCAACCAACGUGGCCUGUACGGAUUGCAGAGAUGGUCAAACCUGGGCAGUAGACAAAUGCAAGGACUGCUCAGCAUUCCAGGUGGGGGGCUGGAUUUUGGCCUUCCUGGUUCUAUGUCUGGGCCUGCCUUCGAUCUACUACGUCCUCACCUCACAGACCACUGCCAAAGCUUCGGUUCUCUUCACCACGACCUGUGCCUGCGGCAUGACCAUCUCCAUGUUGCAAAGCAUGGGAAUUGUGGGGAUGAUGACCGUGGACUUCCCCUUGCAGAUCCGGGGCAUUUUCGAGUUCCUCCAGAUCUUCGUGUUUGACAUGGCCAACUUCGCCUUCUCCUGCGUCGCGGGCGGCCGGGUGUCCGUGCGGUACGUCGCCUCCGUCCUUUGCUUUCCGGCGGCGGUCUUGUGGCUUUCCGCCUGUGCCACGCUCUCUAAGUUCCUUCCCAAAUCAUAUCGGUGGGAGCCCAGCAAGACGAAGAGCACGAUUGGCCAGGUGUUGCAAGUCGGCUUCAGCACGAUGAGUUCUAUCUCAAUGGCCCCUCUGACCUGCUUCAGCCAUCCCAACGGCAUCUACAGCAUCCUCAAGUUCCCUGGGGCCACAUGUGGUUCUGAAGAGCACAUCAUCAUGGAAGUGGCAGGCGUGACGCUGCUCGCAAUGGGGGUGUUGGGUUUUCUCGCUCUCUGUACGUGGGCCGUGGUCAUGAUGCCAAAGUGGAGUGGAAUGGGACUGCACGAUCGAGUUCGUUCAUUCCGCUUCCUUGUCUUCCGCUUCCGUCUGGACAGCUGGUGGUUUGGUGUCCCGUUGCUGAUGCGGGGUCCGUUGCUGUCACUGCCCAUUGCACUUGCCACAGAUCACCCCCCAGUGCAGAUCGUGUGCGCGACCUUGGUGCUCCUGGUUUUCCUCACCGUCCAAUCCCGCUCCUGGCCUUGGAAAGUUCCGCUCUUGAAUGUGCUGGAUUGCCUCAUGUCUGUAUGCAUCACCCUUCUGGUGGCUUCCGCUGCGCUGCACCUGGAUGCCAUCCAGGGGAGCAUGCAAGAUUUUGCGGACGCGGUCUCCACAGUGCUUAUGGGAGCCCUCGGAGUAUCCCUGCUUCUGUUGGUGACGAUGACAUGCUCGGCUUUGGUCUUCCGCGCUGCUCUUGGUGGACAGAAGGAGCUACUCCUGUUCAAUUUGCAGCAGAUGCCCACGCCCGCGGACGUUAGCUCUCAGCUGAAGGCUGUCACAGCAAGAUUGUUGUCGAUGGACGAGAGGGAUGUCGUCAAGCCUCUCGGGACACUGCCCGUGUACGACAUCAACCUCCUCAUUGCCAGCCUCUCUUUACUUACCGUGGAGGUCGUGCCCACAGCCCCGGGCACAGGGUCAAGAGGAAGUCUCCGAUCCAGUCGGAUCGACUCUUCUUCAUUUGCGCCUUCGAAGGCGACAGUGGUGGAACCUGUCGAGCCCAAGGUUGCAGAUGUGUCCGAGCACAACCGGGAGGAACGUAGCUCGUCACGUGCCGAGCCUCUGCAAUCCUUCAAAGAGCCGGUGUCGCACGCCUUUGUGUGA